AUACAGAGGCUUCGUAACAUAACAACUGAAGAAUGAAGCUGCUGUAAAAUGGUACAGUCUGCGCGCGGCUUCAAGUUUACCCAGUCAUUUGCUCUUCUACUCCGAGUAGAGUAACGACCUACCGGGAGCGCGCGGUGAUGCUCUUAAGAACGCGAUCAAGAUCCGCGUUUCCUCUCUUUUGCUUACACUACAGAGAGUGUGUUUAUUUGUAAGUAGUGCUGUCAGAGACACGCUUAUUCAGUCACCCACCGCUUUUACCAACAGGACUGACUGGGAUUAUUGGGUUCUCUGCGCUCUGCUGGCUCUGUUACCGCUAUGGGCUCAGUGUGAGUGAAGGGACAAAGUCUUUGGUAUAUAUAUGUUUGGCAUUUGGCUCUUUGUCAGUUUCUCAAAUGCAAACGGAAAUAUGUGGCAAGGCUUCGUCUUACUCUUCACCGGUUUGCUUGGGUUGUGUUCAUGUUCAAGUUUCCCAAGUAACAUCAACAUAGGAGGUUUGUUUCCAACCGACUCCCAUGAAUACGACGUGUUCCGUUUCGCGCUCUCUCAACACAAUGAUGUUCCUAAACUGGUACCCCAAGUGGACAUGGUGGACACGGGGAGCAGCUUUGCCAUGACAUACGCCUUUUGUUCCCAGUUCUCCAAAGGAGUCUACGCCAUCAUCGGCCUGUAUGACAGGAAGACCAUGAACAUGCUGAUGUCAUUCUGUGGCGCUCUACAUGUGUGCUUCGUCACGCCCAGCUUCCCCAUCAAUACCAACAACCAGUUUGUGAUCCAGCUGAGACCUGAGCUCCAGGAUGCUCUGAUUGCCCUUGUCGAGCACUACAAGUGGACCAAGUUCGUCUACAUGUACAGCUCCGACUCAGGUCUGACGGUGUUGCAAAAGAUCUUGGACACAGCUGCUGAAAAGACCUGGCAGGUGACAUCCAUAAACUUUGACACUCUGACAGAGGUGGCGUUCUUGAAAACCAUCCAAGAUCUGGAUGUGAAGAAGGAGUACAGGGUCAUUCUGGACUGUGAGCUGGAGAGACUCAACUCCAUCUUAAACUUGAUUGCGGCACAAAAAAAGAACUUGAAGAACUACCAUUUCAUACUAGCAAACCUGGGAUUUCUGGAUCUUAAUCUCACAGAGUUCAGGAACGGCGGUGCCAAUGUGACAGGCUUCCAGCUCAUGAACUACACAAACCCUACUGUCAGCAGGACAAUACAGCACUGGCUGGAGUUUGACAGUAAAGACUUGAAAAGUCCCAAAAGGAGGCUCAAGUACACUGGAGCGCUUACAUAUGACGGGGUGACUGUCAUGGCCACUGCCUUCCAGAACCUGAGAAAGCAGCACAUUGAUAUAUCUCGCAGGGGGAACGCAGGAGAGUGUCUGGCUAACCCUCCUGCACCCUGGGGCCAAGGCAUUGACAUUCAGAGAGCCCUACAGCAGGUGCAAUUUGAAGGGCUUACAGGACAUAUUCAGUUUAAUGAAAAAGGACAUCGGACCAACUUUACUGUCAGCGUGAUGGAACUUGGCCCAAACGGACCCAAGAAAGUGGGCUACUGGAACCAACGUGAGAAAUACGUGAACACAGCUACUUACAUCAACAUGCUCAAUGAGACGUUUGGACUGCAAAACAGGACCUACAUAGUCACCACCAUCUUGGAGUCUCCAUAUGUGAUGCUGAAGAAGAACCAUGAGCAGCUAGUGGGAAAUGACAAAUAUGAAGGUUAUUGUGUGGAGCUGGCUGCAGAGAUCGCCAAGCACGUGGGAUAUUCCUACAGGCUAGAACUAGUGGGGGACGGAAAGUAUGGAGCCAGAGACUCAGAGACAAUGAUGUGGAAUGGGAUGGUUGGAGAACUAGUGUAUGGUAAAGCAGACGUGGCUGUCGCCCCCCUCACCAUCACUUUGGUCAGAGAGGAGGUCAUUGAUUUCUCCAAGCCCUAUAUGAGCUUAGGUAUAUCUAUCAUGAUCAAGAAGCCCACCAAGUCAAAACCAGGUGUCUUCUCCUUCCUGGACCCAUUGGCGUAUGAGAUCUGGAUGUGCAUUGUGUUUGCCUACAUUGGCGUGAGUGUGGUGCUGUUCCUGGUGAGUCGCUUCAGUCCGUACGAGUGGCAUGCAGAUGACGAAGAGGAAGAAACGGAGCAGCAAAACCAAAACCAGAACCGACCACCGUUACCAGAAACCAACCAGUCGCCAAGCCAGGACGCUCAGAAUCAGAGAGAGGAGAAGCAACCUGAACACACCAAUGAAUUUGGGAUCUUCAAUAGCCUGUGGUUUUCCCUGGGAGCCUUCAUGCAGCAAGGAUGUGAUAUCUCACCAAGAUCUCUCUCUGGUCGUAUAGUUGGAGGUGUGUGGUGGUUCUUCACUCUGAUUAUCAUCUCCUCCUACACGGCCAACCUGGCUGCCUUCCUCACUGUGGAAAGGAUGGUGUCACCCAUCGAGAGUGCUGAGGAUCUGGCUAAGCAAACAGAGAUCGCCUAUGGGACUCUGGAUGGAGGAUCCACCAAAGAGUUCUUCAGGAGAUCAAAGAUUGCAGUUUUUGAGAAGAUGUGGUCCUACAUGAAAUCUGCAGACCCUUCUGUAUUUGUGAAGACUACAGACGAAGGUGUCGUACGGGUGAGAAAGUCCAAAGGGAAAUAUGCUUAUCUGCUGGAGUCCACAAUGAACGAAUACAUCGAGCAGCGCAAGCCAUGUGACACCAUGAAGGUGGGAGGAAACCUGGACUCAAAGGGCUAUGGAAUAGCAACACCCAAAGGAUCUGCCCUGAGAAUCCCCGUAAACCUAGCGGUGUUGAAACUCAAUGAGCAAGCCGUCUUAGACAAACUGAAAAACAAAUGGUGGUACGAUAAGGGGGAGUGUGGAAGCAAGGACUCCGUCAGAAAGGAUAAGACCAGCGCUCUGAGCCUCAGUAAUGUGGCUGGAGUUUUCUACAUUCUGAUUGGUGGGCUUGGGCUGGCCAUGUUGGUAGCCCUGGUUGAGUUCUGUUACAAAUCCAGAAUCGAGUCUCAAAGGAUGAAGCAAAUCAUUGAUGCGGCCAUGCUCAGCCCCACACUGAGUAGGAUGGGCACUGGUGGCGAGAACGGACGUGUGAUGGCCCAUGACUUCCCCAAAUCGGCACAGACUCUGCCCUGUAUGGGCCAGGCAGCUGCCAUGGGCCUCAGCACCACUGGGAUGUAAAUGUCCAUCAGCCUCUCUGAGAUAUGGGGACAUCAGGAGAUCGCUGGAAAGAGUGGGAACAAGCAGACACUGCAGCGUACAGCUCACCUGCCACUGAAGUACUGCCAGAUGGAUUCAUGGACACACUCUGGGCUCCAAAUCAAAUUAGAUAAGAGGGAGGAAAAUCACUUUUCUAAUAUUAAGAUGUUUUUGUCUUUUCUUUUGGAACUACUCUGGUGCAAUAAGGAGACCAUGUUUGCAGUGUUUUUGUAUGAGCAUCAUUUUUGACAAAACUGAGAGGUUUUCCUCAAUCUCAUAAAUUACUGACAAUUGAACUGCAGUGUUUCUUUAUUGUCUUGUUUCCCCCAAAUAUUUUCUAACUGUGUUCAUUUUCAUCUGUCUUAUCAUAUAUCUUUGACACACAUCUCUGGAACAUUUUUACCCAGAGUACUCUUCAUCCAUAGUUACAUCAUUAUUUAUCAGAUAGUCAGUUAUCAGAUAGGAAUAGUUCUCCCAAAAAUAAACAUUUGCUGUUUAACAUGUACUGUGAAUGAAUUUGUUUCUUUAUUGGAACAGAUUUGGAGAAAUUUAGGAUUACGUCAUUUGCCAAUGGAUCCUCUACUGUGAAUGGGUGCCAUCAUAAUGAGAGUUCAAAAAAGCUCAAUAAAAAUAUCACAAUAAUCGACAACUAAUCCACAUGAUUCCAGUCCAUCAAUUAAUGUCUUGUGAAGUGAAAAGCUUCAUUAAUUGAUGGACUGGAGUCGUGCUGAAUAUCAUGUGGAUGGUGGCACCCCUUCACUGUAGAAUAUACAUUGGUGAGCAAGUGAUGUAAUGCUAAAUUUCUCCAAACCUAUUCCAGUGAAGAAAUAAACUCAUCUACUUGA